GAAUUUAGUGAAUGCCGUCGUGAACCCAUGAGAGUCACGUGACACACAUCAUGUGAUAUUGAGGAAGCGAAAAUGGCAGCGACGGGACAGGAGGCAACUGUUAUGGACAGCAUUUCUCGAGCACCUCCGUCAGUGCUUCAGCUGAGGAAUGACGCCGAUACGGGAGAACAUCCAGGACACGAAGAGCCGAGUGGGAAUGUAGCGUCUGCGCCGAAAAGGUCCACCAACAACAAUGAUGGUGGCGUGGAAACGGCUGAAGAGGCUACAGAGCCGGCUGAGCCUGACAUUAAUGAGCUCUGCAAAGAUAUGUUUGAAAAGAUGGCAGUUUUUCUGCAAGGAGAACUGACAGCCACUUGUGAAGACUACAAACUUCUGGAGAACAUGAACAAGCUGACCAGCCUGAAGUACAUGGAGAUGAAGGACAUUUCCAUCAACAUCAGCCGUAACUUGCAAGACCUCAAUCAGAAGUAUACGAGCUUGCAGCCAUACCUAGACCAGAUAAACCAGAUUGAAGAACAGGUCACAGCUCUGGAGCAGGCUGCAUAUAAACUGGACACAUACUCUAAAAAACUGGAGGCCAAGUUUAAGAAACUGGAGAAGCGCUGAGCCGUGCUUGUGGAAAGACGGAGGCCCAGUUAAAGCUUCGGUUCAUAUCAGUCCUGCUUGCUUCAGGAGGCUCCCUGGGUUCCUGCCAUGCUGCUGCUGCUUCUAGCUUUAGUUGGUUUCCAAUAAGAGGCAUGGACACUGUGGACUUUAUUGUUUAAUGUGAGUCACGUAUCCAUGUCCGGUAAUCUAGCAGCUGAAGGAAACAUUCUUUAUUAGGGUCGUGUGUCUGUGCAAGAACCUGAUUGACCUGUGUGAUGACAAAACAAACACGAUAAUAGACUGUAGCGGGUUAAAAACUACAACCUAAUAAUGUCCCUAGUGCUUGAUUUCCUAUUUAAUAUUGUACAAAGUUAACUUUUUUCUGUAAAUGUGCUAUCACGGAUGAAUGUAAUUACAAACAAUUCUGUAUAA